AUCUUCAUACAGCUGAACGGACGACUCUGUAGCUGGAAAUAUCGUCAAGUACACAGUACCAUCCUCCUCACAUCUCGGAAGAACAAUGCAUCUAUUGACCAAGAUGAACGACCAAGUAUCGGACUCACCGCCGCCACUAACCAUCUACCGAUCUGGCCAGGCCACCUUUCACGCGUUCGCCAUUGCCUCACGUUGGGUUCCCCCUCCAGCCGCCAUUCCUUCCAGAGCCGAACGAAGUUGAAUAGUCGACUCACUUUGGACCCAAUACCUAGCCGCAGCGCACCUCCGGCCGCAACCCCAGUUGCACCUCCAGCUACACCGACUGCACGCCGGACCACCAGCCGCAGCACCGGCCGCUCCUCUAGCUGCACUGGCCGCACGCGGACGCCGAGCCGCAGCACCGGCUACAGCACCGGCCGCACUACCAGUCGCAGCACCGGCCACACCACCAGCGGUAGCACCGAUUGCACCACAAACCUCAACUCUAGUUGCCCUUCCAGCAGUACCUAGGAGCCCGGAGAAGUGCCAGGCUGGUAGGGAAGCCUCAGCGUAGCCAUGUAACUUCUUUCCCGCAAAUUACCGACAAUGAAGGUGACAAUGAGGAUGAGGAUGAGGAUGAUGGUUUUGAGUACGAUUUUGGCGAGCAAACGAAUUUUAGUUCUAUUUGUACAUGUUGUAAUACAUUCUGAGGACAGCCCGAGAAUUCUCUCCGAGCACAUAGGCGCGUUUUGAUAUUGCGCUAGUCCCUAAGCGCUCUAGUCUAUGCUAGUGCGCGCUAUGCACCUAUAAUACUAACAUUUAUACCCA